CAGGCACCAAAACGGGGCGUUUCAUUAUUGAUCUGGCAAGAGGUCAAACUACUCCCCAAGUCCAGCUCAAUCAUUUCUCUUCCAUCUCUGUCAGCCUCUCAGGGCCCUUUCUUCACCGGAAGACGAACCAGAAGCUUCUGCUCGUCAGCUCUGAGAAAAACCAACCAGAAACCCUAGAAAAAACCAAUCCAAUCCAAUCCAUCCAGUCCAAAAUUGCAUGUAUAACCAAAUGGUAAAGAAGCGAGUCCCGGAAUGGCUCAACAGCUCGCUCUGGUCUUCUCCUCCCUCUGCUCCUCCCAUCGACGACGAUCGAACUCAACGCUACACCUCCAAGCCUUCCACCGCCACAACCACUAGCUCCGACUCCGUCGUCGAGCCUCCGCUUCCCGUGCCGCCUCCCUCCUCCGUCAGAGCAGAGCCUCCUCCCGAGCCUCAACCCGCCGAUUCAAUCUCCGAUCACGAAGACAAGGCCGCCGCCUCCCCUUCCCCCGAGGAAUUCUCUCGCCAGUCUCAGCUCCUGGCCGAGCUAUCAAAGAAGACUAUAAAUGUGCGUGAGUUGCGGAAAAUUGCGUCGCAGGGUAUUCCAGAUGGUGCUGGUGUGCGUUCCACGGUCUGGAAGCUAUUACUUGGAUAUUUACCACCGGAUCGGGCGCUUUGGCCAUUGGAGUUGGCUAAAAAGAGGUCACAGUAUAAGCAUUUUAAAGACGAGCUCUUGAUGAAUCCUUCAGAAAUCACACGGAAGUUAGAGGAUAACGGCACAAGUUGUGAUAGUGAAGAAUCAAAAAGCAAGGGCUUGUUAUCAAGAUCACAUAUAGCUCAUGGGGAGCAUCCAUUGAGUCUUGGAAAGUCCAGCAUUUGGAAUCAGUUCUUCCAGGACACAGAGAUUAUAGAACAGAUUGACCGAGAUGUAAAGCGCACUCAUCCAGAUAUGCACUUUUUCUCAGGGGACUCUCAAUUUGCUAAAUCUAAUCAGGAUGCUUUGAAGAACAUCCUGGUUGUAUUUGCAAAGCUAAAUCCCGGUAUAAGAUAUGUUCAAGGGAUGAAUGAACUUUUGGCGCCACUGUACUAUGUCUUCAAAAAUGAUCCUGAUGAGGAAUAUGCGGCCGCAGCUGAAGCAGACACAUUCUUUUGUUUUGUUGAAUUAUUGAGUGGCUUCCGCGAUCAUUUCUGUCAGCAACUUGAUAAUAGUGUUGUGGGAAUACGUUCCACAAUAACAAGAUUGUCACAACUUUUAAAGGAACAUGAUGAAGAGCUAUGGCGUCAUCUUGAGAUCACAACCAAAGUCAACCCCCAGUUUUACGCAUUUAGGUGGAUCACUCUCCUCUUGACCCAGGAGUUCAAUUUUGCGGACAGCCUCCACAUUUGGGACACACUUUUAAGUGACUCUGAAGGUCCUCAGGAAACCCUUCUCCGAGUAUGUUGUGCAAUGCUGAUUCUCGUUCGGAGGCGCUUACUAGCAGGCGAUUUUACCUCUAAUCUCAAACUACUGCAGCACUAUCCUCCCACAAACAUUAGCCAUCUGCUCUAUGUUGCCAACAAGUUGCGUGUACAAUUGUCAGGCUAAUCAAAAUUACCCUCCUUCCUUUUUCGUUUUCAAAUUUUCCCCACCAUUUUGUGGUUCAAAAUUUUCAUGUCUGUAAAUUACUGGAUGUACAUGUUCUUAGAAGAAAAACUGAUGCUGGAAAUUAAUUCUCAGUGGAGUGGCUCAACUUUCUUUGUUUAAUUUACCCACUGAUUCUAGAAUGAUAUUGUAUCGGACAGUCAUACAUGUUCACUAGUUAGUUUAUUGUAUUGGUUGCAAUCGUUCUCAAUUGAAAUACCUAGUUUUUGGUUCAAU